AUGGCCGGCAUCAUUCACAAGAUCGAGGAGAAGCUCCACAUGGGAGGAGACCACAAGGAAGAGGAAAAGAAGCACCACAAGGAAGAGGAGAAGCACCAUAAGGAAGGAGAAAGUGGAGGAAUCAUUGACAAGAUGAAGGACAAGAUCCAUGGGGAGGAACACGGGGAGAAGGAAGGGAAGAAGAAGAAGAAGAAGGAGAGGAAGCAUGACCAUGAUGGGCACAGCAGCAGCAGCAGUGAGAGUGAUUAG